AUGGCGAUUGAUUAUGCAGUUAAUUUCCCAAAGAACUGUGGCAAUGUUAUCGAUAUGCCAAAUGAGCAGAGCAAGAAACUAAGACAGACCAAUCGCCGCUGCUUAUUGAAAAUAAUUGAAAACGUGCAGUCUUUAUGCCGGCAAGGACAAGUUAUACAAGGAGACACUGAUACUGAGUCAAACUUUUACCAAUUAAUGAAACUUCGGGGACGCAACGAUCCUGCGUUACUCGAGCUGCUUAAGAAACGAGGCGGUGAUAAAUAUACGAGCCAUGAUAUACAAAAUGAAAUUAUUGAAAUUAUGGCACACAAGGUUCAACGGGACCUCAUAAAGGAUAUUGGAACAGGAUUCUUUUCCAUAAUAGCUGACGAAUACACGGAUAUUGGUAAUAAGGAGCAACUGACUUUAUGUUUUCGGUGGGUUGACGAACAACUUGAUGGCCAUGAAGACUUUCUCGGAUUUUACAAUAUACCAAACAUCGCAUCUGAAACCAUUGUCCAGGCAAUCAAAGAUAGCCUCAUUCGACUGCAGUUGUCUUUGUCCCAGUGCAGGGGGCAGUGCUACGAUGGUGCCAGCAACAUGCUUGGUAAAAAAUCUGGUGUGGCAAAACAAAUUCAGGAGUGUGAAGCAAAGGCCCUUCCCACACAUUGUCACGGUCACUCCCUGAGCUUAGGUGUAAAGGAUGCAACAAAUAAUUGCCAGAUCUUAUCUAACACCAUGAAUAAUACGAAUGAGAUUGUUAAACUCGUAAAGUAUUCUCCCAAACGAGAAAAUUUACUUGGAGAGCUGAAGGAAAACCUUCAAUACGAGGACGAGGAGGAAGAAGACGCGGCGGCUGCUGGACUUACAAAAUUCAGUGCAACUAGGUGGACGGUUCGAGCAAUCUGUUUUGAGAGAGUAAUUGAUAAUUAUAACGUUAUUUUAAAGCUGUGGGACGAGUGCCUCAAGACAAAACUUCCACCAGAUAUUCGUGGACGAAUUAUAGGAUGUAGCACCCAAAUGGAGUCUUUUGACUUCUAUUUUGGAUUACAUCUUGGCGUGACGAUUUUUAGGCACACGGACAAUUUGUCAGCAACUUUACAAAAGGCAAAUAUGUCAUCGAUUUCCGGCCAACAUAAUACCAAGCUGACAACCGAGGUAUUGAAGGGAAUACGAAAUGAAGAAUGUUUCAAGUCUUUCUUCCAAACCAUUUUGAAAAAGAAAGAGGCCUUGAAAGAUAUUUCGGAACCCAGAGUACCAAGAAAGAGAAAGGCACCUGCAAGAUAUGAAGUGGGAGAAGGAGAACCUUGGUACCCUGAAACGUCGGAAGAUUUGUACAGAAAAAUCUACUAUGAAGCUCUUGAUCUGAUUGUAUCGGCCAUCAAUGAAUGUUUUGACCAGCCCAGUUUUAAAGCUUAUGCAAAAUUAGAAGCACUUCUUCUAAAAUCUUUGAAAUCAGAAGACAUUUCUUAUGAAAUGGCUUUUGUAAAGGAGGUUUACCAUCAGGAUAUAAAAGUAGAGUUUCUUAUCCCACAACUGGAAAUUUUCAAAGUAUUAAUGAAGGAGAAAAAACUAGAAUAUUUUGCUGAGGUCUUAGACGCUGUGAAAAAUUUGGAUCACAAUACCCAGCAAAUGAUCAGUGAAGUACUCACCAUAUGUAAACUCCUAUUGGUUAAUCCGGCAACCAGCGCAACUGGUGAAAGAUCAUAUAUUUUCAACCGCACGACGAAUAAAAACAUGGCUUAG